UUGGAUGACGUAUGGUGUAUUAGUCCCGACAUGCAGCGCGCGGUCUCUGUUUGCUGGACAUCGUCGCCAAGAUGAACCCCACGUAGAGGACGCGGCGAUUUCUGCACGAUUUCUGCCUAAUUUCGCUCAAAUUUGGCUCUGAACUUUGGGACAGAAUGGCGAGCGCUAGUGGCUCGAAAGCAGAGUUCCACGUGGGAGCAGGAAAAUACAGACUUGUACGGAAAAUCGGCAGUGGAUCGUUCGGGGACAUCUACCUAGGAAUCAACAUAACAAAUGGCGAGGAGGUAGCAGUUAAGUUAGAGUCACAGAAAGCCCGACAUCCACAGCUCUUAUACGAGAGCAAACUGUACAAAAUCUUACAGGGAGGAGUCGGAAUCCCUCACAUUAGAUGGUAUGGCCAGGAGAGGGACUACAAUGUAUUGGUUAUGGACCUGUUGGGGCCCAGCCUGGAAGAUCUCUUCAACUUCUGCUCACGGCGCUUCACAAUGAAGACAGUUCUCAUGUUAGCAGACCAGAUGAUAGGUCGUAUCGAGUAUGUACACAACAAGAACUUCAUCCACAGAGACAUCAAACCAGACAACUUCCUCAUGGGCAUCGGGCGCCACUGUAACAAGGUGAGGCAAAGACAUGCCCAAAAUGCUCAAAAGGUUUUCCUGAUAGAUUUUGGCCUUGCAAAGAAGUACAGAGAUAGCAAAACACGACAGCACAUACCGUACCGGGAGGAUAAGAACUUGACUGGCACCGCUCGAUACGCCAGUAUCAAUGCACAUCUUGGAAUAGAGCAGAGUCGCCGUGACGACAUGGAGUCCCUGGGCUAUGUGCUUAUGUACUUCAACAGGUCGAGCCUCCCAUGGCAGGGCCUGAAGGUAGGCGCUGCCGCGACCAAAAAGCAGAAGUAUGAGAAAAUUAGUGAGAAGAAAAUGUCUACGCCAGUCGAGGUCCUAUGUAAGGGCUUCCCAGCGGAGUUUGCGAUGUACCUGAACUACUGCCGAGGGCUGCGGUUUGAGGAGGCGCCAGACUACAUGUACCUGCGCCAGCUGUUCCGGAUCCUGUUCCGCACCCUGAACCACCAGUACGACUACACGUUUGACUGGACCAUGCUGAAGCAGAAGGCGGCUGCACAGGCUGGGAGUGCAGGGCAGGCCCCCAUCGCACCCACACCCACCAAACACACUGAGAGCAAGACCAAAAGUAAAGGACGCUGAGGUGAAAUUCAGUGGAGGAGUGAGGAGGAAAGCACAUGAUUCCUGAUGUGAAGAUGGUUGUUUCGACUAGGGGGAGAUGUAGACUUGGUUCCCCAUGUGUGAAGGAGUAGUAGAGACAUUAUUGCAGUGUUCCAUGAAAACAAACGUGAAGGAAACAUGAGAGGACUCCGUGGCUACACAAGAAUACUUAAACACUGUUGUUAUAAACUCUUCAACUUGUAUAAAGGGAAACCUACUUACUGACAUGCGAAACUAAAUGUGAGCCCAGGCGGUGAUAUGCCACAUUGGCUUUGACGGACAGAGGUGCUUAAUAAGUAGACAACUGUAAAUAUGUAUAAGCCUUGUUAUUUUUCUGAUACUACUGUCAACAAAGUAUGUAUAUGUUUUAAACCCCAAGGAGGAAGGUGUUGGGAAUACUUUAAUAAACAAAUAAGUGAAAAUGGUCCCACAAGUUCACAGCUGUCCGUCCCAGCCACAGCUGUCCCAGAUCACCGCCUGGAUGGGUUAUCAACUUUGCAUAUAUGAUAAUUAAGGACAUUUUGUUGCCUCAUGAAUUGCUGUAUGUGAUUGUGUAUGUUGUCUGUUGUUAGUCCCAUGUUGUACAGUGUGGCUGUACAAUAGCACCUAGUUGUGAAUUUAAACCCAAUCCUUGUAGAUGUAUUUUUGAGACAGCUCUUCAGUAAUGACAAGCAGAGAAAGCCAUUUCAUUCACUGCUCUUAUACAUGCACUGAACAAUAGCAAGUCCUCACGACUAGUUCUCUCCACGGGAAAGUUUCUAUCUAGCACAAGGAUGCUUUCAGUUGGAAAUCAUGCAGGCAAAGUUGUAAGGUAGAGAACCUUUCUUGGGAAAGGGAAUAGACUGUCCUUUUGUACUACAUGGUAAUAUGGUAAAGUAGUGGUAAAGUUCGUACACUUAGGAGUAACUUAAGAACAAGAACUGUGGUUCCCUUUUCUCCCAUGCCUUCAUUCUCCAUGUAGAUCUUCCCUUUUUUCAUUUGUGAAUCUUGCAGUGA